GCGCUGAUGCGCUGUAUUGACACAAGCCGUAUUGGUCCUUUUCUAUGCGUAUCGGUGUCAUUGUGUCAACAUCUGAAAAUUCACAUUGUAACUCACGCUUAUAACAUAGUUCUUAGUUGCGAUUAUUUCGAGUUGAAAAAAAUUAUUAUUAGGUGCGAAACCUAAAUAGGAAUCUCAGUAGAUAAGUAUUGUGAGGCACGAGCUACCUACUUUUGGUUCUUCAAUUCGGAUUAUCAAAAUCUAAGAUAAAGUUUCAUUUGUCUGUUUCAGUUGAGGUUUGUUUCGUAUCUAGGAUGGCCCCAAAAACAAGUCCGGUUUGGACUCACUUUUCGAACGCGUCGGAGGGCAAGGUAAAAUGUCUCCAUUGUGGCGAACAAUUAUCAGUUAAAAAUAGAUCUACGUUCCCACUUAUGCGGCACAUAAAGCAUAAGCAUCCUCAACCAAUCACUAGAGAAACAUUAACCGAAGCUCCAAUUAAAGAAGAUAAUUGUUCAAGUUCUCAUCAACAGUUGCAACGUUGCUUGACAUUUAAGAUGGCCCCGAAAAAAAGUCAGCUUUGGACUCGCUUUUCGAAAGCGUCGGAGGGCAAGGUAAAAUGUCUCUAUUCUGGCGAAGAAUUAUCAGUUAAAAAUAGAUCUACAUUCUCACUUAUCCGACAUAAAAAGAAUAAGCAUCCUACUCAACCAAUCAGUAGACAAACAGUAGCAGAAGCCCCAAUUAAAGAAGAUAAAAGCGCAAGUUCUCAUCAACAGUUGCAAAGUUGCUUGACAUUUAAGAUGGACCAGAAAAAAAGUCAGCUUUGGGCUCACUUUUCGAAAGAGUCGGAGGACAGGGUAAAAUGUCUCUAUUGUGGACAACAAUUAUCGGUUAAAAAUAGAUCAACAUCUUCACUUAUGCGUCACAUAAAGCAUAAGCAUCCUACUCAACCAAUCAGAAGACAACCUCUAACAAAAACCCCAAUUAAAGAAGAUAAUUGUUUAAGUUCUCAUCAACAGUUACAACGUCGCUUGGCAUUUAGAUUGGCCUCGAAAAAAAGUCAGCUUUGGACUCACUUUUCCAGAGAGUUGGAGGAAAAGGUGAAAUGUCUCUAUUGUGGACAACAAUUAUCAGUUAAAAAUAGAUCUACAUCUUCACUUAUCCGACACAUAAAGCAUAAGCAUCCUACUCAACCAAUCGGAACACAAACAAUGACACAAGCCCCAAUUAAAGGAGAUAAUUGUUCAAGUUCUCAUCAAUUGUUACAAGUAGCAGAAGAUUCUAUUCAACGUCCGGCAACUUUAGGAGCAGGUAAUUUACAAACCAUCAACAGUUCCAUUCAAGUACCUCUGUCAAUUGCGAAACAAAAAGAUAUUGAUAAACAGUUAAUUUCCUUGAUUGCAAAGGAAUAUCAUCCUUUCAGCAUCGUCGAGGAUGAAGAAUUUAAACGCCUGCUUUAUCUAUUAAAUCCUCAUUACAAGGUUCCCACACGAAAAACAGUUUCAAAUUUAAUGCUUCCAGAUGUUUACAAUGAAGCACUUGAAUUAGUUAAAAGUCGUCUGGAUAGAGCAUUUGCGGUAUGUCUAACAACUGAGGGCUGGACUUCCCGCACAAAUGACUGUUUUUACAGUGUUACUGCCCAUUAUAUUGUAGAGGAAAGCAACAAUACCUUCUUGUCUUCCGAUUUGUUGGGAUGUAUAUCUUACACGAAAAGUCACACUGCUGAAAAUAUAGCCAAUAAGCUUAGAGAAGUCAUAGAGGAAUGGAAAUUGACUAAUAAAAUAGUUGCCGUUGUGUCAGAUAAUGAGGCAAAUAUGAAAGCAGCUGUUCGUAUUGGCGGGUGGAGUCACUGGGGCUGUUUUGCUCAUUCUUUAAAUCGUAUUGCUCAAGCAGGUUUGAGUGAAAUUAAGGAAGUUGUAGAUAAAAUAACAAAUAUAGUUGGUUAUUUUAAACACAAUAGCCAGGCACUUUCUCAACUACAAGCUUCUACGGUAGAUAUGGACAUCCCGACAGUAAAAUUAAAAAAUGAGGCAGCAUCACGCUGGAACUCGACCUACGAUAUGAUAUAUAGAGUUUUACAGAUGAAAAAUGCCAUUGUCUUUACCUUAUCUAUUUUAGAAACCGUAUCGCGUAGCAAGCAACAUGCCGAUUUUGAAUUCAUUACUCAACUUCAUGAUGAAGAAUGGGUUGUAGCAGAACAAGCAAUAAAAGUACUGGAAAUUUUCAAUUUGAUAACACUCGCCAUCAGCUCAGAGCAAAAACUUAAUACUUCUACUAUCAUAUUUUACUAUAAAAAGAUUAGUAAACAUUUAAAUUCCAUGAAUUUAAAUGCAGUUAUGCCCCAAAUUAAAAAUAUGGUCGAAAAACUGAAAUUUGAACUGAAGAGCCGCUUUAAAGACAUACAAGAAAACCAUUUGAUAGCUCAAGCAACUAUUUUAGACCCCAGGUUUAAAAAGUUUGGAUUUAUCGACGAGGAAGAUUACAAACGAGCAGUAGAAAACUUAUAUACAGAAGUCGCUAACACUACACUGGUUGAUGCAAGUUUACAAAAUCAAAGUUCUGAUAUUAAUAUUAAAAGCGAACCAAUCGACCAAAACAUUGCACAAGGAAACAAUUUUAUUGAUGGUUUAUGGAAUGACUUUGAUGCGGAAAUUCGGCAUCACUUAAAGCCGAGCAAUUCCACAAUAUCUGCCGUUGAAGAAGUAAAUAAAUAUUUAGAGGAAAGUAUUUUACCUAGAAAAGAUUCCUCUGGAGUGUGUCACGAUCCUUUUGUCUGGUGGAAUCAAAGAAAGCACAUAUACCCAAAACUGUACCAAAUUAUGAAAACUCGACUAUGCAUAAUGGCUACAUCUGUCCCGUGCGAGAGAAUAUUUUCGCAGGCAGGGCAGAUACUUAGUGAAAGACGGGAGGUUUUUAAAACCGAUGAAAUAUCUCGACUAGUUUUUUUAAACUAUAACUUAAAUAAUUGUGAUUAGUGUGUUUUUUCAAGAAAAACUACUUUAGAAUUUAAGUUUUUAUUUCUGAAUUUUGCCAUUUUUGCGAAGCCAAAGUUCGCAGUAUUUUUUAUAUGUUUUAGUUUUAGUUUAAUGAUUUUACUAUUUUGUAAUAGCUGUGUCAAUAAAAGCUUUAUUUUCAA